AGCAAUAACCUCAAGUACAAAUUUAAGGAGCCGGUAUAUUUCCUUAAAACUGAAACAAAUUUUUUAACAGAAAGAAAGUAUAAAAAAAAAAAAUUAAAAAAAAAGAAGGAAAAUAAAAGUCAUAGAAUGAAUUUCUCAGCAUUUGGUGGGCCGUUUUCCGGUAUACACCAGUUUGCAGCAAAAUUUGGUCAUGAUAAUCAAACACCCGGUGCAUUUUCAACACCCAGUUUGAAUGGUACUGUCGGAAUACAGGAUAAUCACACACAACGCUAUCAAACAAAUGGAAAUCAUUUUAAUCAAAAUUCGACUUCCGUGGUUAACGCUAUGCAGUACGGCCAAAAUUUAUCGAUUCCUUAUUCACAACCACAGCCGGAUUUGAAUUUCCUCAAUACGAAUAUAGAGCAUAAGCCGAAAAUUCAUCCAAAAUUGGAAAGAGAUCGGGAAGAAGUUAUUAAUCAACAAAUUCUUCAAAAUGUAAAUCAAUCUUGGCAAACCUUAGCUAAUUCAGCAAACACUGUUGACUAUUCAUCUCAUUUGCUGUCUGCUACGCUACCAAUUUCAAUUCAACAUUUUCUUAAAUAUUCAGAAACAAUAAAAAAAGAAUCAACAGGUAUUGCUAGUUCACAAAUUCAAUCGCCAAAUAUAAAUUUAGGCAAUUUGGACCAAUCGAGUUCAGGUUUCAAUAUAAAAACUGAUAUCUUUAAAAAUGGCACAAAUUUGGCUGGUAUAGGUUUAAGUAAUGUCCAACAUCAACAACAACAGCAACAACAACAACAUCAGCACCAAUUAUCUCAACCCCAACAACAGUCACAGCAAGAACAACAACAGCAACAUCAACAUAACAAUCAUCCAGCUGUCACAAAUAAUGAAACAUUAAAUGACAUGAAUGGUUUGGAACCUGUACAAAAUAAUGGACAACAUAUACCUAAUGUUCCAGAAUCGACUACAACUAAUACCAAUACAACUACUACUCCAAGUGGUCGAGGAACUGGUACAAAGAAAACUAAAAAGAAGAAAAUUCCGAAAGAAAAGAAACCAAGACCUAAACCUGGAGAGAUUCGUGAAACUAAGGCUUUGGACGGAUCAACUUUAUUUUGUUGUCCAGAAUGUCAGAUGGCUUAUCCUGACAGAAGUUUGAUAGAACAGCAUGUAAUAUCGCAUGCCGUAGAACGUAGAUUUGUAUGUGAUGUAUGCAAUGCUGCAUUAAAACGUAAAGACCACUUAACAAGACAUAAAUUGUCUCAUAUUCCAGACAGACCACACGUAUGCAAUAUUUGCUUGAAAUCCUUCAAAAGAAAGGAGCAACUGACACUUCAUAUUGUAAUACAUUCUGGAGAGAAAAAACAUGUCUGUCAGGAAUGUGGAAAAGGUUUCUAUCGCAAAGAUCAUUUGCGUAAACAUACACGUUCUCAUAUUGCGAGACGUGUCAAAUCUGAAGUAUCUGCAUCUGGUAAUCCAAACAAUACUAAUUCGCAGGUUGCUGCAGAUGGACAAUUACAGGCCUCCUGAAGUUCGUAUAAGGAUUUCUGGUAAGCUAUAUUACAUUUCAUCCAAGGCGUCUAAAAAAUAGAUAAAUUUUGCAAAAUAUCUUAAUAUUUUGAAAAAUUUAUCUAAAUUUAGAUUUGAAAAGUAAUAAAGCUCAUCAGGAAUCCUUAGGAUACAACUGACUACGACAAAAUGAAAAAAACAUAUUUUGUUUUUAAUUUAUUUUCAUUUAUACUCUUUAAAAAAUAUUAAUUAAUUUUAUUAAUUAGACAAUUUAGAUUUAAAAAAAAAAUAUUUAAGUUUUCUAAAAAAAAAAUUUCUUUUUUUUAUGAGUUCAAAAUUGAAGGUUUUAUUAAAAACCAAGGAAGGAGCUUAUGUAGUAUAUUAUGAACUCUGCAAUUUGGAUUUUAGUUAAUGUUAACAAAAAUUCCUUUAAUAGUUUUGUGGAUUGUACAAUGUUAAAUUUUUAAAAUUUAUAAUCAGUUCAUAUCUGUUAAUUUAACAAUUUUUAUUAAACGUAAACAGAAAGAAUUAGAAAUAGAAUUCAGAUUUCAUCAGUUAAAAUUAAGUGCAAUCUAUAAGUAUUAUUGUAAUUAUAAAACAUCUUAGUAUACAACCGCAUUUAAACGAUAACUUGUAUAACUGCUACACAAUGUUUGCAAUUUAAUCUUACAUCAUUUUUAUUGGGAAAUUAAUUUUAUUUAGAAUAAAGAAUAACUAGAAUUUCUUAUUUUGUAUAAAUAACUUUCAGCAAAUCCAUUAUUUUUCGUUCAAAAAAAAAAGAAAGUGAAGAAUUUUUAAUAUUCUCAAUUA